AUGGAGGCUGAAGACAGCUGGCAGGAACAGACAACCACCACCGGGCCCCACGCCGGCAAGUCGUGGUGGGCCUGGGGUCGCGUUGCGGAGCUGCGCGACCUCUUGCAGGAGCUUCCAGGAACCUUUGGCCUGUCAUCGGAGCUGGAGCAACUGCGUCCGCCCGCGGUGCGUGAAGUUGGGCAACUUCUGCCGAAACCGCGCAUUGAGCUCGGGUCUUUGCCCGCCGAUGUCCGAAGCUACUGCACGGACAGCGACUUCGAGCGCUUGUUCCACUCCCGGGGCCGGGAUGUCACCGACGUGAUCGCCAGCCUCCAUAGCAAGCUGGGGCCAAUCCAUGACUUCGUGGCUUACCCUUCUAGUGAGGCUGAGGUGGCAGCGAUGCUCCACAUCUGCUCCCAACGCCGCAUUGCCGUUGUUCCGUUCGGCGGAGGGUCCAGCGUCGUGGGAGGAGUGGAGCCCGUUUCAGCCGAUGAUGGCUUCGCUGGCUGUGUGGCAUUGGAUUUGGCGAUGAUGAACCAGGUGCUGGAGUUCGAUGAGACGUCUCAGUGUGUUCGUGUGCAGGCCGGCAUCUAUGGACCAGCGCUGGAAGACAUCUUGCGCCAGAGAGGGCUGACGCUGAGAUAUUUUCCGCAGUCCUUCGAGUUCUCGACCGUGGGGGGAUGGAUUGCUACCAAGGGAGGUGGGCACUUCGCCACUGGGCCCACGCACAUCGAUGACCUCGUCCAGAGCGUGCGGGUGGUGAGCCCGAACGGUACGACCGAAACGCGACGCGUGCCCGCCUCCGGCGCCGGACCAUCGGAGCUCCGGCUCUACGCCGGCUCCGAGGGCACGCUCGGGGUGAUCACGGAGGCCUGGCUUAAGGUCCGGGCUCGGCCGCAGACCCGGGCCUCUGCCACCGUGGUCUUCCAGGCGGAGGGUGACGCGGACGCCGCCUUCGAGCUAGGCGCCCACUGUGUGAGGGACAUGUCGCAGACGGGGCUCCAGCCUGCGAAUCUGAGGCUGGUGGCCGGACCGGAGGUGGUGCGCUCGGCGGGCCUUGCUGAGCCGGAGCGGAAGUUGCUGGCCACCGCCGCCGUGCUCCUCAUCGGCUUCGAAGGUCAGCCUGGCGCUGCAUCCGUUAUCAACUCCCAGCUCUCCUACUUGCUAGCGAUGGCUCAGCAGCGAGGUGGCCUCGUGGUGUCGCAGAAGCUGGCCGAGGAGGUGAGCCAGAAGCAGGAGAGCACUGGCGAACGCUCCGGAAUCGCAGGGUCGUGGGGAAAGGGAUUCAUGCGGGGAGGCUAUCAUAUGUCUGCCGCCUGCCUGUUUCCGUCUGUGUUGGUGAACACGCUGGAAACUGCUUGCACUUGGGCUUCAUUUCCGGCACUACACCGCGCAGUCCUCCACGCAGCACGGACGGCGAUGAAGCGUGAGUGCGGGGUGCAAGGAGAGGUGACCUGUCGCUUCACGCAUGUCUACCCCGAUGGGCCAGCUCCGUAUUACACUUUUGUGGUGCUCGGGCUCGCAACCACGCCAGGCGCGGAUUCGAGAGUGAAGAUGUGGCAGAACAUCAAGAGAGACGUGAUGCAGGCUAUCAUGGAGCACGGUGGCACGUCCACGCACCACCAUGCCGUCGGGAAGUUGCACCUGCCUCAGUACCGGGCAGAGCGUGGAGCGUUGUUCGGCCCCACUCUAUCGGCCAUGAAAGCUGCACAUGACAGCGCUGGCAUUAUGAACCCCAGGCUUUUGGAGCCUUCAAUCCGGGUGCCCUCGAAGAUGUAA